GUGUUUUUAAUUCAUCAAAUCUCUUUGCUUUUUCUAUAAAGUUUCCAUCUUGAUUCAAAUUCAAUCUCCGAAUCAAUAUUCAAGAUUCGGGUUCCAUUUUUUUCUUAAUCUUUUUGAUUUUACAUGGAUACCCUCCUUCAUGAUUUACCCACUUCCAUACAUGGCUUCGGAUUCGACAAUGGAUCUGCUCCGGUGUAUUCAAAUCACAAUCUUGUUUCUGGGUUGAACCCAAAUCGUACUACCGUUCCACUUCCACCUCCCAAUCAGGACUCUCCGCCGUCUGCUAUGGAUCCGGCCCCGUCGUUCGGUAUGAACCCAGAUGAACAUCCCGAUAAUUCUCCCUACGCUAGUCUCGUUCUGAAUUACAUAAACGAGAUGUUGAUGGAAGAGGACAUGGAGGAGAAGACCUGCAUGUUGCAGGACUGUUUGGCUCUCCAGGCUGCCGAAAAAUCCUUUUAUGAAGUGCUAGUUCACAAGAAUCCACAGUCGCCUGAGCAUCGCCCACCAAGUGUUUGUCAAAUUGCCGAAGAGUCAGAUGAUAACAUCUCCAGCAGCAAGAUUUCAAGUAGCAGUAGCAGUUUGGUUGAUUCUCUCGAAAAAACCUCUCUGGUGUCAGAUUCGGGUAGUAAUUCCUCUCUCAACUUUUCCGGGUCGCCUAAUACGCCGGAAAGCACCCCAUCAAAGUCGAGGGAGAGGAAGAAUUAUGAGCGUGAAGACGGUGAUUAUUCACAAGAAGGGAGGAGUAACAAGCAUCCUGCCUUUUCACUCGAAGAUCCUGAGCAAUCGGAGAUGUUCGACGAUGUAUUGCUCUGUCAGGGGGAAAAUCAUGACUGUAGGUCGCUUUCUGUUCAUGGGAAUGGGAAGUCCAAAAACAAAGGGAUUAAUACCGGAGGAAAUCGCCGGAGGAAAAACAGCAACCAAGAGGAAGUGGUGGAUUUGUGGAGCCUUCUCACUCAAUGCGCACAAUCUGUUUCUAUCAAUGAUCAAAGGACUGCCACUGAGCUGCUGAAACAGAUAAGGCAGCAUUCCUCUGAUUUAGGCGACGGAACGCAGCGACUGGCGCAUUACUUUGCAAAUGGCCUCGAGACACGGCUGGCUGGCCAGCGGGCUCCGGUGUAUUCACCUUUGGUAAGCAACAGGACUUCAGCCGCUGAUAUCCUAAAAGCAUACAGGGUGUUCGUUCUAGCAUGUCCAUUCAAGAAAAUGUCAAAUUUCUAUGCAAACAAAACAAUUGUGAAAUUAGCACAGAAAGCAACCACCCUACACAUCAUUGAUAUUGGCAUCUGCUAUGGCUUUCAAUGGCCUUGCCUCAUCCAGCGCCUCUCCGAAAGGGCCGGUGGGCCUCCAAAGCUUCGCAUUACCGGAGUCGAGUUUCCCCAACCAGGAUUCCGGCCAUCAGAAAGGGUAGAAGAGACAGGGCGUCGGCUGAACAGGUACUGUGAAAGAUUCAACGUUCCUUUUGAGUAUAACGUCAUAGCGAAGAAAUGGGAAACAAUCCAACUUGAAGAACUGAAGCUCGGCAAGAAUGAGCUGCUCGCUGUCAAUUCCAUGUACCGGUUGAAAAACCUCCCGGAUGACACAGUGGUGUCAAAGAGUGCAAGGGAUGCAGUCUUGAAACUGAUAAAAGACUCCAAACCGGAUUUAUUCAUCCAAGGAGUUGUCAAUGGGACAUACAAUGCUCCAUUCUUUGUUACCAGGUUCCGGGAGGCUCUAUUCCAUUUCUCUGCCCUCUUUGACAUGUUUGAGGCUAAUGUUUCUCGUGAAGAUCAGCAAAGGAUGAUGUUCGAGAAGGAGAUAUACGGGAAGGAUAUCAUGAAUGUGAUUGCUUGCGAGGGUAUAGAGAGGGUUGAGAGGCCGGAGACAUAUAGGCAGUGGCAGUCUAGAAACCUUAGGGCUGGAUUCAAGCAGGUUGGUCUGGAUCAGGAGCUGCUGAAGACAGUGAGAACAAUGGUGAAAUCGAGUUACCAUAACGAUUUUGACAUUGAUGUGGAUGGUAAUUGGAUGCUGCAGGGAUGGAAGGGAAGAGUGAUACACGCUCUUUCAUGCUGGAAACCUGCAUAGGAGUUACUUAUGGUAGAACUAGAAGCAAUAUCAUUGUCUCUUUCAUUCUUUUGUUCCACAGCUAUUUGACAUUUUUCAGUAGAUUUACCUCAGUUUAUCAUGUGCUGAUGUAAAAUAAUUUUCUCAUUCAUAAACAAGGAUAAUAUAUUUAUUUGUUUAAG